UUCUUUUAUUUGACAUUCGGCAUCGAUACGUCAAAAUUUUUAUGGAUUCCGUUUUAAAUGAAAAUUACACGUAAAUGUUUUGGAAACAAUAAAGAAGCAUCAACAAAAUUAGUAAACUUGUUGAUUUUCAGAAUAUGUGUAUUAUAAUUUUUAGAUAAAAUCAUUUAUUUAUUUAAACACUUAUUUAAAAGUUACUGCGAUCGAAUUUUUUAUUUUAAUUGAUGCUAGAGUUGACGAAUUAAUUUGUGUGGUUAUAUUAAGAAGCUGACUACUCCAAAAAGACUCGGAAACUUAAAACUAGUGGAAAUGCGUAGGCAAAGAAGGAUACAACAAACGACAGAGGUUGAUGAUUUUAACAUAAAACCUAGUACAUACCAAGUUUUUGAUGAUGCGGACAUCAACAAUGAAAUGGAUAGUUUUUUGCAAAUGGAACGACUGUCAGGAGCGAAACCUCGAUUUGAAAACACAAUUGAAGCCAAAGUACAACCAGGAGAUACAUUGCAAGCAUUAGCAUUGAGGUUUCAUUGUAAAGUGGCAGAUAUAAAAAGACUCAAUAAAAUUGAUAAGGAAAAUGAGAUUUUUGCAAGAAAAGUUGUUAAAAUUCCUGUGAAUGAACAUUCGAUAUUAUUGGAAACAUUACCCACUAUACACAAAAGCGGUAAUAGCAGUCCAAAGCAAACAGUUCCAGUUAAUGAUGAGUUUACGACAAAAAAUAUAUGUAAUCCUUUAGAAGAUGCUCAAAAAACGUUAGGGGAAAAAUUGCUAGUUGCGUCGGUUAAUGCAGCUGGGAUUAGAUCAAAUAUUAAUAAUAAUGAUACUCUUCCACGUUCUACAGAUAAUAAUGAAGCUACAGCGCCUUUGAUAGACGGGUUUUUGGAUGAUGAAUACAUUCCGCGCUUAAGACCGAUUCGUGGACCAUCGCUAAGAACUAUCGAUUGGUCUGGAUCUGAUUGUGAUAUGUCAUGGGUGUGUCUUUUUGUGGUCAUAUUAGCUUUAUGUUUUGUGAUUCCACUGAUAUAUGUGAUUUACAUAGCCGAGCAUACACAUCAUCAUAAUGUGACGUCUUCACAUUAAUUGCCAAUAAUGAAUUUUUAUAAUCGACAAAUAAAAUACUUCUUAAAAUUGUGUAAUCAAUUUGCACCAUUAUAUUUUG